GCGAAUCGCGUCGAUUUCCUGAGAUCUUGGAGAUCAGUAUGGAAAUUAACGGGGGAAGAUUGAACGGAUCACUAAAGUCCCCUUGAAAUAAUCACCAUCAUGGGAAUUCUUUUCUCCAGAUGGAGGAAAAAGGAAUCUUUAGGAGAAGUGUUGGAAUUGCUUGAAAAGGAUAUUGAGGCAUUAAAAUCAAGUCAGCAAAGAACAGAGAAGCUCAGGAAGAAAUUUAUUGGUUCACUUAUCCUUUACUCGAUUCUCCUCUACAUUGUAGCAGCUCUUAUUUGCUACUUUUAUGAUUUUCCAAAGUCUUGGAAAGCUAAAGUUGUUCGAUCAAUUCCACUUCUUGUCUUUCCUUUUGUUGUGUAUUUAUUAAAGAGGGUUCUCCAUUAUGUCUUUGUCAGCCGAAUGAGUAAAAAUGCAAGGAGGCUGGAAGAAUUAAAGGAGAGAAAGAGAGAAGUUCUUGAGGAAGUGAUGGAAAAAGAAACCUAUAAAGCAGCAAAAGAUCUACUGGAUAAAUAUGAUCCAAACUCUGAAAUAGUAAAGGUGGAGAGAAAGGACACGCCCACAUCUCCCGCAAAUGCUAUACCACAAAGUCCAAGUGGCACUAUAGGAACAGAAUUGAGACAAAGGAAUGUGUUGCCUAAGGUCGAGAGCCCAGGGGUUCCAUUGCAGCGGACCAUCUCUGAACCCACACUUGCGGAGUCCCCCUUUCAGUCGAACCAGUCAGGGGACUCCAACAAGUUAAACCAGCAAGCCACAGAGCGACGGAAAUCCAACAGCCUCAUGAACAUAUCCACAUCAUCUGCUGGUGCAGCAUCUCCACUGUCUCAUGGUGUGCCUCACAGAGUAGGCUCUCCUGGUCUUAUGCCACGGCCAGCUCAACCCAUCUUACCACGAGACAGAACAGCUAUGGAUAAGGUGAUAGAGUAUCUUGUCGGUGAUGGACCAAAUAACAGAUAUGCUUUGAUAUGCAAGCAAUGCUGCUCUCAUAAUGGAAUGGCUCUGAAGGAGGAAUUUGAAUACACAGCCUUUAGAUGCUGUUAUUGUUACCACUUGAACCCUGCGCGGAAGCAACGCCCCAUCGCACCAAAAUUGGACUAUGACACCUGGACCAACCCAAGACACAUAUCUGGGCAGGGGCCAGGGGUGCGUCACAGGAAGCCCACCAAUUCUGUCCAAGCUAUGCUGGAGAAAAAGAAUGUUGCACAGAAGGAUGAUGGGGCAAGUGCUGUUAACGGCAGUGCUUCAAUGAAUGGUGAUCAUGAUGCAGUGGACAAGACAAAAGAAGAAGCUGAGAAUGGCUCUGUUUCUAACUUGGAAAAGAAAAAAAUAGAGAGCAGUGACCAAGAACAGUAGAAUGAUGUGGUUUCAUGCUUAUGAAGAGGAUACUUUCUUCUGCUGGUUGCUGAAGUCUGAAUUAUACAAGAUAAACACAGCUGAUGUUUUGUCGAUCAAUGGAUAUUAGAAUUCUUAAGAUCAGCUAGCAAUGAAAGAUAAUUCCACUGAAAGUUCAGUUUAUUUCAGGGUACCACUGUCUUCACGGCACUGCAACCUUCGAAGUCAAAACGCUCUUUGUAAUAGACUUCCCGUUAAUCAAACAGUGGUACCUUUCUUGGAAUGCUGGUAUCCCAAAUCGGCUUCACAUGGCCUUAUGUCCCAGCCAGGACGAUGAGGAUUAAUGAGUUAGGGAAGCGGCCUCACACUCAUGGCAAAAAUGUCAGUGAUGGCAAACUUGGCUCUUUGGGGAGUUUGAAUGCGAAUAGCGAAGAAAGCUAUGAUUUAUUCUUGUUUGAGCCCAAUUUGGAGUUGUUGUUGGUGAAAGGCCUCAGUGGAAUUAGAAAUCUGUCAGCGUCUUGCCGAUGUUUAUCUCCUUUUUGUGUACACCUAUUUAUUGUGCUCACACAUUAGAUUACAUAAUGUUCUCUUAAGUCCAGCAAUGUGCCAGAUGAAAUGGGACGUGCACACAACCUUCUCCAUUUCCACUUAUGGUUUUUGUGUACAGUAAUUGCGACUUCUCUCUGCAAGUGUUGGGAAAUGAAAUCAGUAUCACGUGAAAGGUCACAAGAAUUUGGCCAGCUGACCACAUAUGCAAAUUGAUUUCACAAAGCAACAGUAAAUCACUAACUUUCUUUUACAUUUGGACUGUCCAAUGUUUGUGCUCCUUCCAGUGAUGGUAGUUAGAUCUUCACUUUUUGAAAGCUAUCUUUUUUUCAUAAAUGCCAAGCUGCUUCUAUAGACCAGUAUUCCAUAUAAGGUGCCUCUGUUUGAUGGAAGACUAUUACAAAGAGCAUUUUGACUUCUAAGGCUGUGUAGCAGUGAAAACAGUACUAUAAACCACAAGAAUUCAAUAAUUGUCCAUUUAUGUCAGGUGCGACAUAGACUGUUUAUUUAAAUGAUGUUGAUGACAAAGAGAACAAUGUCUUGCUAAGGAUGGCCUAGAUGGAAGGCCAGGUGUACUUGCUGAGAACAGAAAUGGAGACCAACUGCUUACUGGUGUGAAUGUACAGGAGAACAACUGUGUUAACUUCCUCUUAUGAUUAAAUAAGGGACUACCCUGCAAGGCAGAGAUUCCCUUCUCUGACAGAGAAGGGAAUCUGUCUUUCAGGGUAAUAAGGGACUGAUCUUAACUUGCUUUUUGAGGAGCUCAAAACAUGUUCAACUCUAGAGGGUACAGGGUGCCCAAUCAUGAAAAUGAAUUACGACAUGCAUGACAAACUUAAACUCCGAGGCUCGAAAUUAAAAGUAAAGCAAAAAUUCCUUUUCAACAUGUGAAAUUUUGGUUGUAAGAUAUAAUUCUUAUAUAGUGAUGUACACUGUGCUAUUACCAGUUGAGAAUUAAUUUUCUUAUCAUCUGUUGACAUGUAAGUGUUGAGUUAACAUGAUAUUUACUGCUUGUGGCAUGUUUACUUUUACCUUGUCAGAUUUUGCUUGGUUUGCACAGAACCUAUCAUAAAUUUGUAAAAACUGAAAUAUUUGAAAAAAGGCAACCUUAAUUAAAAUGUUUGUCAAGUGGCAACAGUACAGCAUGCACCUCUGCAAGAAAUUGUUUUUGAUAUUUAGUUAAACAUUGAAACGUUUUAUUGUACAAAGUGAGAGAUCAUUAUUUUAAGACAGUUUUGAGCAAGCACCUGGUUACACUGUCCCUUUAAAUUUAUUUUGAAUUGAAGCUGAAGAUAUUUCAGGCUGAUUAUAAUAUGUAAGUGUCAGUGACUCCCUGGGUGAAAACCUGAACAUUUUCACAGAGUGGAUGUUUGUUUGCCUAAAUAGUAUAUUAAGUUAUUUUGCGAUGAAGGAUGUUACAUUAUGAGAAUAAAGUUGAAAUGUUAAAAACAGAAAA